UCAGAGGCGGCGCCGCAGCCGGAGCUGCCGUGUUGAUCGUCGGCUGCCGCUGUGCGGUUUCAGAGGUGAAGUCCGGCUGAAGUGUCACAGAGCGAACCUGAAGAUGGCUGCGGCAAGAAACAGGGUUUUUGUUAUCGGGGUGGGGAUGACAAAGUUUGAAAAGCCGGGUGCGAGAGACAUCGACUACCCAGACAUGGCCAAAGAAGCAGGGCAGAAAGCGCUGGCGGAUGCUGGGAUCGAGUACGGCGCUGUCGAACAAGCCUGUGUAGGCUAUGUGUAUGGUGACUCGACAUGCGGCCAGAGGGCUAUUUAUCACAGUCUGGGUUUAUCAGGGAUCCCAAUAAUCAAUGUGAACAAUAACUGCUCUACUGGCUCCACAGCGCUGUUUAUGGCCCGUCAGCUCAUUCAGGGAGACUUGGCUGACUGUGUCCUUGCCUUGGGUUUUGAGAAGAUGGAAAGAGGUUCACUGUCCUCAAAGUACAUGGACAGGACCAACCCUAUGGACAAGCACAUGGAGGUGAUGAUCAACCGUUACGGGGUGGCGGCGGCACCAGCUGCACCUCAGAUGUUCGGCAACGCUGGAAGAGAACACAUGGAGAAGUACGGCACGAAACCAGAGCAUUUUGCCAAAAUUGCUUGGAAGAACCACAAGCAUUCCACCAAUAAUCCAUACUCUCAGUUCCGGGAUGAAUACAGUCUGGAGCAGGUCAUUAACUCCAGGAAGGUCUUCGAGUUCCUCACACUCUUACAGUGUUGCCCGACGUCUGAUGGGGCCGGAGCUGCGGUUCUGGCCAGCGAGAGGUUUGUGAGGAGGAACGGAUUGGAGCAAAAAGCUGUGGAGAUCAUUGCCCAGGAAAUGGUCACAGACCUCAGCAGUACCUUCGAGGAAAACAGCUGUAUGAAAAUGGUUGGUUAUGACAUGACCCAUCUUGCAGCUCAGAAGUGCUUUGACGCUGCUGGUUUGAAGCCGUCAGAUGUUGACGUCAUCGAGCUGCACGACUGCUUCUCUGCCAAUGAGCUCAUCACCUACGAAGCUCUGGGACUGUGUGCUGAGGGCAAAGCUGGUGAGCUGAUCGACCGGGGUGAUAAUACAUACGGGGGCAAAUGGGUGAUAAACCCCAGUGGAGGACUCAUCUCUAAAGGACAUCCGCUCGGAGCUACAGGUCUGGCUCAGUGUGCAGAGCUGUGCUGGCAGCUGCGGGGGGAGGCGGGGCCUCGGCAGGUGCCCGGGGCAAAGGUCGCGCUGCAGCACAACAUCGGUCUUGGUGGAGCGGUGGUCGUCACUCUCUACAGGAUGGGCUUCCCUCAGGAAUCAAGCUCUCGGAUCGCUGCAGUGGCCACCAGCGCGUCCAGCGACCUCAAAGGCUUCAAAGCUCACGCCGUCUUCAAGGAGAUAGAGAAGAAGCUACAGGAGGAGGGAGAGGCAUAUGUGAAGAAAAUUGGUGGUGUUUUCGCUUUCAAUGUGAAGGAUGGUCCUGGAGGAAGUGAAGCAUUGUGGGUCGUGGAUGUAAAAAAUGGCAAAGGUUCGGUGACCAAUGAUGCAGGUAAAAAGUCCGACUGCACCAUCUCCAUGUCUGAUGCAGAUCUGCUUGAACUGAUGACGGGGCAGUUGAAUCCACAAACGGCAUUUUUCCAAGGAAAACUUAAGAUAACUGGGAAUAUGGGAAUGGCCAUGAAACUUCAAAACCUUCAGUUGACACCCGAAAAAUCCAAACUGUGAAACCGCAUCGGCUGAUGAACAGGGAAGUGACACAAAUUCAUGCAAAUGAGUCGUUUGGAGAGACGCUAGAACGGUUAAUCAAUUUCUAAAUGUAAUUUUUUUGGUGCGAUUGUAUGAAUGGAGCGUGUAAUAUUACACAAUAACAGAGAGUCCGCUGAUCAUUGCAACGUAACUGCAUAAAGAAUACUGUGUUACUAACAUGCCUGAAAGACAUGAGCAAAGCAUGUCAGAAAGGAUUCUGUACAAUAAUAAUAAUAAUAAUAUAUAAAAAAAUGUCAUGUUUCGUUGGGAAAGAUAUCGCGGUAAAGUGGCUUGAAUGCAGAUGAACAUGAAGUCUGACUUCUCAGUUACUAGCCGUCCUAUAAUGUGCAUCUAACUGAAUAAUAUUAGUUUAAUAAUAAGAUUUCAAACUAUACCAGCCAAGGCUUAUGUUGGACCUUUAUAUCUAGUAUGCAGUCAAAUUAAAAUAGAAGCUAAGAGAGACAUACUUUGAUUCUGAAAUAUUGAUUGAAUCUUUAAAGGCCUUUUAGGCGUCAUUAAAGUAUUUUUGUAUAAUUGUAUAUUAAUCAGGUUUGUAAAAAAUGGCAUUUAUAUCUAAUAAAUAUGAAAUUUGCUUCAAAA